AUGAAAAUUUAUCAGAAAAGAAAAAUUAUUUUUGUGCAAAAUUUAUUCCUAAAAAUCACCUUGAUAUACGAUAUAUUGUCAACUCCUGGAGUUGGUUGAUGAGAAAAGAGAUGAUGGGUCCAAUUAAUGUGGUCUUGUGCCGAGAGAAGCAUGACUUUUAGUGAUUUCUAAAUCCUUUUGGUUGUGUAAAAAAGUGCAAAAAAUCUUUGACUGCUGGUCAGCCUGUUCAGUGAAGUUGAGUCAGUCUCAAUCAAUAUCUAGUGAAAGAUGAAACAUCUCAUGCAUAUGACACUAGUGACUGUGGUAUUUGCCGUACUGCCACUGACUUAUACAUCUCUUGCGAGUGAAACUGAAAGCGAUAUAGGGCAUUUUUGGCAGAUAUCAGAUAUCCAUCUUGACCUCGACUACAGCACGGAUGGCGAUCCAGAAAAUAGUUGUCAUAAAGAUAUAUUUCCUAAAAACCUCACCAAACUUGGUGAGUUUGGUUACCCGACCUGCAGUUCCCCAUGGAUUCUGGUUCAGGGUGCCGUAGAUGCAAUGAAAACAAUCAAGGCAAAACCUGAUUUCGUCCUGUGGACCGGUGAUACCUCUCCAAAACUUCCAAAGGAGCAACUCUCACAGAAAAAGAUUCUAGAUUUGAUACAGAGAGUGACCGUCCUCUUAAACACAACAUUCCCUGGAAUCUAUCUCUUUCCCGUCCUUGGAAAUCAUGAUGUUUAUCCUGUCCAUCAAAUGCCCCCUAGUAGCAAGAGCACAUACUAUGAAAGCGUACUCAAAGAUGGGAAGUGGACAUCACUCUUAUCAGAGAAGGAGCAGGAAACAUUUGUAAAAGGUGGCUACUACAGCAGAAUGAUCAAACCAGGCCUGACUGUUGCAGUACUCAACACCAAUCUGUACUAUUACAGAAAUGAAUUGACCAAGGAUCUGAAUGACCCAGCGGCACAGUUUGACUGGCUGAGAAAGCUCUUGCAGGCAGAGAAGAGUGUUUCUCACUCAGUUUUGGUAGUUGGCCAUGUUCCACCUGGGUCAUCAGAACUACUUAGCUCCAUCAACUGGUUCUAUCCCAAGUUCAACGAGAACUACUUGAAAGUUCUCAAGGAUUAUUCAUCAACAGUUAAGGCGCAGAUCUUUGCUCACGAACAUGAAGACACUUAUAGGUUGCUCACAAGUGAUAAAGGGUCCAUUUUUGGCAGUGCCUUUAUCCAGUCAUCUGUAACUCCUUUCAUGGGGAUGGAGAAGGCUGUGAAUCCAAGUAUCCGCUUGUAUGAGUAUGACCGCGACUCGGGGAAAAUCAUCGACUUCUGCGAGUAUUUUCUCGACUUCAUGCAGGCUAAUAAACUGAAGAAAGCAGAAUGGAAGCUGCGUUACCAAGCGACGAAAGAAUAUGGAAUACCUGACCUUUCGUUUGAUUCGUUAAGAAAACUGACUGACUCGUUUAGUGAUGAUAAGAGUGAAAAUUUCAAGAAAUAUUUUGCGAAUUUAGACAGUGGGUAUUUGAAGGCGACUUGUGAUGCAGAUUGUAAGAAGUUACAGUUGUGUGCAAUAGAACAUGUAGGUUAUUCCAGUUAUAAUGCCUGUCUUUCCAAGGAGGAGAAACUCACAAUAGAUCCAAACACUGUGGAAACUUCCCUAGAUGUAAAUAGUACAAUUACUGACCCGAGUUAUAAUUUUUCAUCACAUCCGCCCGUCAAUAGUGCAAAAUCGCAUCAUCAUCACCCUAUGCCUAUUUAUAUCUUUUAUAUCUUGGCGACGUUAUCCGCACUAGCAAUUGUCUUCUUCAUGGCAAGCGCCAUUAUCUGUUUGAGAAGGAAACGUGAGCCAAGAUAUGUUAGGGUGGUGAGUUUGGCUGAUAUGUCUGCUGGGUAUCAAUGAGGUGUUCAUGUCAAAAGUUUAAAGUCCCAAAAAGCCUUUGGAGAGAAACAUACAAGUUUAGAUACAAUAAUUUUGCGUCCGGCCCAUGUGUUGUCCUCCUUCGUUGGUGUGAUUGAGGAUAUCUGGGACUAUAAACAUAGAAAUAAGCUGGUUACUUCAUCAUAAGUCAAAGUGGCUAUAUAAAUCCUGAACCUGUGUUUUUAGAAGACUUUCAUUCUGUGUUGUGGCAUUUGAGCAGAGUUGCACAGAUCUCAGAGUCUUGCAGGUUCAGUCUUCUCAGGAGUUUGUGGAGGUGGCAGAGAUGCUUCGUAAUGAAGCCUACCACUUUCACUUGGACAAGGGUAGAAAUUAAAAUAAAUAAAUAUCGACUCUUUGUAGAGGUUAUUAGUGAAAGAGUGAAUGCCUUUCUAGGUAACUUUAAACCCAAUGGAUCUUUGUAUGUUACAAGUGAUACAAAGUGAUAAUACAUGUGUAAAGUGGAAAAAUGUGUGCUAUUGUCAGAUAAACCUUAACGUGUGAGAAAAUCAGAAUGUUUACUGUGAUAUUGUUUGUACAGUAUUCUUUGAAUAUUUAUGUAACUGAAAUAAUUUAUCAUUUAUCAUUUCAUUCACUUGUUCUGAAUAUUGAAAGAUGCUAGCAUACAUGGAGCUGAUUUAGCUUGUCUUCUAAGUCAGUAUCUGAGCCGUGGCUAUUCUGAGAUGAAAUUAGCCAGUGACACUGUAUUUUUUGGAACAACACAUGUAUGCAGUUGCUCUGUCACUAGGAACCUGCAGGUUAAGUUUCACGAAUGAAUAACCUAGCAAUGACAGGCCAGCUCAGUGAGUUGGGAAACUGAUUCUCAAGGCCAGUGUGCGUCUAUACAUUGUACAUGUAGUUUUCUUAUACGGGUCAUGUAGUUGGAAACUGGCAGAGCCAGAAAAUGAUUUUGGUUUUGAAUUUCAUUUGUAACUCUCUUCUCUGUUUAAAAUUGUAUUAGAAAAUACGAGUAUAGAUAAUAUAUUGAU